AACAAGCAAUUUACACAAUCUCUUCUCUUAUCUCCUCAUCUUUCAUUCUUCUCUUUUCAAUUCUCACUUUACAGACUGCCAAUCCAUCGAACCAGACAAGGGUGGUCUAAAAAAAAUGGCCUUGCAGGCACCCGUAGGGCUUCAGCCCACGAAAUCUUCAUCUCCACCGGCUUCUCCUUUAGCUCCCACUGGCAAUGUCGGUCUGCGCCGUCCCAUUGAUCGUUUCGCUUUGCGAUCUUCUUUCUUUUCUUCUUCAUCGCUUCAAUUGUUCAUCUCUCCGAACCAGGCUCAGCCUCUCGCUGCUGCUCCCAGAUUCUCCAUGCGAGUUGCUUCUAAACAAGCUUACAUUUGUCGUGAUUGCGGGUAUGUAUACAACGACAGGACCCCAUUUGAGAAGCUCGCUGAUAAUUAUUUCUGUCCCGUUUGUGGUGCUCCCAAACGGAGGUUUAGGCCAUAUCAGCCUGCGGUGACCAAAAAUGCAAAUGAUAUAGAUGUCAGAAAAGCAAGAAAAGCACAAAUGAAGAGAGACGAGGAUAUUGGGAGAGCAUUGCCUAUUGCUAUCGUGAUCGGAAUUGUGGCACUUGCUGCUUUAUAUUACUACGUCAACAACUUAGCAUAGGUUUAAUCACACCGAA